AUGGUUAUGAUUGUUCUGUACUUCACGCUAUUUCAAGCAGUUGCUACUAUCCCUCAAAGGCUUUCCUUCAGCCAUAUUCUGAGGACAAACCAGUACUUAUUGAUAACGCAGUAUAAAUGCCAAACAAAUAUCGAAACCAAUGUAAAAGAUGGUUGUCCGAGAGGUUUUGCUCAUCAGUUGACUCCUGUACGCGCCACACCUUCGAAAUAUUGUGAAUAUGCAGUUCGAGUCCAUCUUAUUCGUGACCCGGAGCGUCGAAGGCCUCCGAGAGCACUAUACAUAGGGCGGAAUUCCAGAGGAAGUACGGUGGCCUUUUUGGAUGAUCUCCGACUGCCACAAACGUCUGGUCUUAACAACGACUCAGUCAUGUACUCUCGCUAUGUAGAUUUCCCCAACACUCCCCACAAGCAUUUGGACCAACAAAAAAGCGAAUUUUCCAUCUACGAUCAGUCUUACCAGCUGCUCUAUCUCAUCACUCGGAAUUCGAUUGGUUCUCAACAUUGCGUGGUCUACCGACUUUCCAAUCUCUUCCCUGGUAACAAUGACCGCUCCACGUUCACAGCAACUUACGUGUACGAAUUCUCACCUCACGCACUCAACAAGAUUCGUUCUGGCUGGACAGAAGAUCCGUACAGUAAUGAGGUCUUUUAUUCAACAACAAAUGGAGAAAUGACUUCUAUACACAAGUUUGAUUUGAAUCGCUUAUUAUCUGUUCUCCAAGACGGGUCAUCUGGGAAACGAGUAUUCACAUACACCUCACAGCGCAAUUUGUUGAGCGUGGCGAGUGGCGUGCUUUUUAGUCAACAUCAUCAAGAAAAUCACACGACUAUUUUCAUACGGUUGAUUGAGAACAGUCAGCGUUCACUGGGUCUAUCCUGCGGUUUCCUCAACGACAAAGGAAGUGCACGCAACGUUCUUCGAUCUGUCCUAAUUGUGCGGGAUUGGGAUUACUGCCUUGUUCGACAUGGGGUUGGUGCUAAUGAGGAUUUUUGUGAAAAAGAAAGACAUCAGUGGUUAAUCAAAGAAGGAUUGGUGAGCGAACGCUCGACAGCAUUGUGGUUUUCUGCGUUUUUGAUAUCUGUAAUUGUUUUAGUGAUACUGCUUGCAAUUCUUGUUUCGUACAUCUGUUGGUUGAGACGCAGCCUAGAUGACACGUAUGAUGGAGAUCAAACAACGAACCUUCGCUGUUAUCCGGGACAGUAUCCCGAUAUGGAUAUCUCAGUCGAUAGAUGGAAUUACUGAGGUGACAAUAGAAUAAGUGGCUUAGAGAAACCCGGCUACCACUAUCGCUACCCGCUACCAUCAGCUUUUUGCAUCUCAUGUGGCUACUCUUUAGAAGCCCACAAAUUUUGAAGCAUUUGUGUUAUUCUUUGCCAAUGGAAUGGGAGCGUCGUGUUUUGUGUUUCACUUUCUGUGAUCUCAGCGACAUAUUCCUCCAUAAUGAUUGAUAGAUGCUACCUUGUAUGUUUAUCUGAGUACUGUGUUAGUGCACGAUUUGGUUCUGUCUUUUGAGACUUCCUUAUUGCCACAGAUGUGCCUUAUAAUAUGCCUGUUUUGAUUGUUCCUCACUAUGUAUUAAGUUGUGUAAUAAGUUCUGUCCCAUUUUUUCUUUCAAUUCUUCACAGUAUUUUGCGCG